GCGUACAGUGGGGGUUACUGCGCAUGCGCUAUCAUCUACCGCACUGUUUCGCGCGAAUCGAUGGGUUGAUCAAAAUGCCACAAAAUUGAUCCAGAAAAUAGUUAAAUCGCUACCAAUUGCAGGAUAGUUUUAUCUGGAGAUAGUCGACUAGCCAGUGUACUUGAAGGGCAAUCAUGGGGUACCUCAAGUUGCUUCUUUUGGAGAAUUUUAAGUCCUAUCGGGGCAAGCAAACCAUCGGGCCGUUCAAGCCGUUCACUGCAAUCAUUGGACCAAAUGGAGCAGGUAAAUCCAACUUGAUGGACGCCAUCAGUUUUGUGCUCGGUGAGAAGACGUCUAACCUGCGUGUGAAACGAUUGUCUGACCUCAUUCAUGGCGCCCCCAUUGGCAAACCAGCGUCCAAUCGUGCAACUGUAACUGCGGUGUAUGCUGAGGAAGAUGGAACAGAGACAAACUUCACAAGAAUUAUUAUGGGAGCUGCAUCAGAACACCGUAUCAAUAACAAGGUGGUGUCUGCCGCUGACUAUACAGAGAAGUUAGAACGCAUCGGCAUCCUCAUCAAAGCAAGGAACUUCCUGGUUUUCCAGGGUGCUGUUGAGUCCAUUGCGAUGAAAAACCCCAAGGAGCGUACGUCUCUCUUUGAGGAGAUCAGCCGCUCUGGAGAGCUCAAGACGGAGUACGACAAACGAAAGGCAGAGAUGCUGAAGGCUGAAGAAGACACUCAGUUUAACUAUCACAAGAAGAAGGGCAUCGCUGCUGAACGCAAGGAGGCCAAACUGGAAAAGGAGGAGAUGGAACGCUAUCAGAAACUCAAGGAAGAUGUUCUUGACCUCCAGCUUGAGCAUCAACUCUUCAAACUAUUCCACAACCAGAACGACAUCAAGCGUUUCAGUGAGGAGCUCAAAGGACGCAACGAUGAACUCCAUCGAUCCACCCAGCGGAGAGAGAAGGUUGAAGAUAAGAUCAAGGACAAGAAGAAGGAAUUAGGCCAGCUGACGAGGGAGCUUGCAUCCAUCGAGAAGGACACCAGGGAGAAGGAAGUGGAGUUGAACAAGAAGAAGCCAUUGUUCAUCAAAGCUAAGGAGAAGACGGCCCACAUGAUCAAGAAACUGGAAACAGCAAAGAAGUCGCUGAAGAGUGCUAAGAAAGCCAACGAGAGUCACAUGGGUGAGAUACGAGAACUAGAGAAGGAGCUGGAGGCAGUGGAGGCAAAACGUCUUGAGUAUGAGGAGAGGAUCGAAGAGGAGAGUCAGAGCCAAGGGAGGGAUCUUGAACUUGAAGAGUCUCAGGUGGAGGAAUAUCACCGUCUGAAGAAGGAGGCAGGAAUCCGGGCAUCUCAGUUGCAUCAAGAGUUAGAUAAGAUGAAUCGGGACCAGAAAUCUGACCAGGAUCGUCUUGAGAAUGAGAGACAUCGUAAGAGUGAGCUACAGGCCAAGAUCAGACAAAAGGAACAUGAAAGAGAGGAAAACCAGAAGAGAUUGGAAAAGCUGAAUGAAUACAUCAGAACCAGCGAGCAGGCCGUUAAGGAGCAACAACGUCUCCGAGACUCUCUGGAGGGUGAUGUUGAGGGCGCUAACGAACGCAUCAAUAGCAUCAACACUGAGUUGACGAACAUCGUUGAUCAGCUGGGAGAGGCAAAGGUGGAUAAACAUGAGAAUAAUCGCAGCCAUAAGAAAGCAGAGCUGAUUGAUAACCUCAAGAGACUCUUCACUGGAGUGUAUGGCCGACUGAUCGACCUUUGUGAGCCAACCAACAAGAAAUACCAGAUUGCGAUCACCAAGGUCCUUGGCAAGAACAUGGACGCCAUCAUUGUUGACUCGCAGAAGACUGCUCGAGAUUGCAUCCAGUACAUGAAGGAGCAACGUUCGGAUCCAGAAACCUUCCUGCCGUUAGACUUCAUCGAGUUCCGGCCAACUAAUGACAGAUUGAGGGAGAUCAGAGAUCCUCGUGGUGUUAAGCUCGUGAUUGACAUCCUUCGUUACGAUCCGCCUAACAUUAAGAAAGCCUUGCAGUACGCAUGCGGUAACGCUCUAGUCUGCGAGACGGUAGAAGACGCCAGGAAGAUUGCGUUUGGCGGCUCGGAGCGUCACAAGGCGGUGGCCCUGGAUGGAACUAUGUUCCAGAAAUCAGGUGUCAUCUCUGGUGGUGCCAGUGAUUUGAAAGCCAAGGCUCGUCGGUGGGAUGAGAAAUCUCUCAACAAUCUCAAGUCGCGUAAGACUGAGCUGACUGAGGAGCUGAAGGAGCAGCAGAAGAUGAAACGAAAAGAGUCUGAACUCAAUAACAUCCGCUCCCAGAUGAAUGGUCUGGAGACCAGACUCAAAUACUCCAUUAAUGAUAGAGAUAAUACUCAAAAGAAGAUCUUAUCAACAAACAACAAAGCCAUUCAGAAAUUGCAGCAGGAACUAGAAGGCUAUGAGCCAAGAAUGGAAGCAAUUGAGGAACAGAUCACCGAGCGCGCUGAGCUCCUUGACGCUAAGCGCACCCAGAUGAAUCGCGUCGAGGAUGAAGUGUUCUCGGAUUUCUGCGGUUCCAUCGGCGUGGAGAACAUCCGGCAGUACGAGGAGAAGGAGCUGCGAGCCCAGCAGGAGCGUGCCAAGAAACGCCUGGAGUUUGAGAAUCAGAAAUCACGGCUGGGUAACCAGCUGGAGUAUGAGAGAUCAAGAGACACAGAGGGAAAUGUCAAGAAGUGGACGAAGGAAGUGUCCCACGAUGAGAAAGAACUGGAGAAGCUGAAAAAGGAAGAGGCCAAGCACAUGAAGGUGAUUGAUGAAGAGUCAGAGGCCAUGCAGAAGCUGAAGUUCUCUAAGACUACCAAGAAAUCUGAGAUUGAUGACAAAAACACAGAGGUGGAGGAAAUUCGUAAACAACUCUCAUCUGCCAACAAAGAACUUGCAGUAAUUCAGAAGCAGAUCACAGCCAUGGAGACCAAGCUGGAGCAGAAACGAGCGGAUCGCCAUAGCCUCCUCAAGACAUGCAAGAUGGAGGACAUCAAGUUACCGAUGAAACGGGGUACUAUGGAUGACAUCACAGAGGAGGGAGAGUCAUCCAGCCAGCAUGAGAGUACGGCUGGUGAGGAAAGUACAAGCAUUACCGGCAUGGACAGUAUGAGCAGUCAGGGUGCCCGCACCAUCUACGCCAAGGAAGCUAAUAUUAUCAUCAACUACAAGCGCCUCGGUCAUGACCUCAAGGAGUGUGACACCCCUGAAGAGAUUAAGGAACAAGGGGAUAAGUUGUCGGCUAACAUCGCUAGUAUGCAGGUGACUCUGCAGAGGAUUGCUGCUCCAAACAUGAAGGCCAUGGAAAAGCUUGAUGGAGUCAAGGAGCGAUUCCAGGAGACAACAGACAGCUUUGAGGCGGCUCGCAAACGAGCCAAGAAAGCUAAGCAGAACUUUGAAGUGAUCCGCAAGGAGAGGUUUGACAGGUUCAACUCCUGCUUUGAGCACGUAUCCACCAGAAUCGACGAAAUCUAUAAGGCGCUGUCGAGGAACCAGAGUGCCCAAGCAUUCCUUGGUCCAGAGAACCCUGAAGAGCCUUACAUGGACGGGAUCAACUACAACUGUGUAGCCCCUGGGAAACGAUUCAGACCCAUGGAUAACUUGUCCGGUGGGGAAAAGACUGUUGCUGCACUGGCCCUUCUUUUUGCACUCAACAGUUUCCAGCCAGCUCCAUUCUUUGUCCUGGAUGAGAUCGACGCUGCUUUGGAUAACACCAAUAUCGGUAAAGUAGCCGAGUACAUCAGAGAGCAGUCCGAGGGUCACUUCCAGUGUAUCGUCAUCUCGCUGAAGGAGGAAUUCUACAACCACGCUGAUGCCCUGAUCGGAAUAUACCCAGAGCAAGGAGAAUGUACCAUCAGUAAGGUCUUGACCCUUGACCUCACAGAGUAUGAACGUGAAGGCAACCCAGCCAGUCCCAAAGCGGUCCGCUAAAAGCUGCUGUGCAUAGUGGGAGCGAGUCUAGCCACAGACUCUGCAUGAGAUAUCAUGUCAAAACAGUUCACCAUUGAAGUAUUUCACUGUGCAGACUUAUUAUGACCUGUCAUAAUGUAGCUAUUCCAGUCUGGGCAUGAUUCCCACUUGGGCGGUUAUGUUAUGUUUGUAAAUACUGUUCUUGUUUUAGUAGUUUCAUCAUGUAAAAUAUUUAAACUGUAGUUUGUAUUUUGUGAUGAGCAUUUUUCUGCGGAAUCAAAAAGGAAAUUAUUGUUACUCCUGUUGUUUUGUCUUACUUCAGUUAUGGGGAUGGUACAUCAUUAGUAAGAAGGGGGGGUUGAGCUUUGAAAAUUCUCACGCAUAGCUGGCCUCUGGACUUGGCAUCUCUGACUUAUGGCACUUGUCCAACCUUUUUUUUUUAAAGGAGAGAAAGAAAAGAAAAGGAAAGAGAAAGAAAUCAAAUUUAAUUUGUGAGUCUAAAAAAUUAUCCUGUGGUCUCCCAGCAUGACAUGUUGGCAACUGAAAACCGAUUGUCCCUGUCAGUUAGGAUAUUGGUAUUUAUAAAUUGUAGUCAAUGGUCGCAGAAUUUUCUGGAGUAUUUCAUAGAAAAGUUGAAUUGCCCAAUUUGUUUUUUUAAAAUACUUUGUAAAAUUUGUCAUGGAAUUUUUUUAUCUUGGUGAAUUUUGAAAAAUAAUGCCAAUUAUACAUAUUAAUUUGGUCUUCGUUAAAAUAUUAAUACAAUAUGAUAUCAAAAAGUAAAACAAAAUAAGGUCCUUUUUUUCCUUGAUAAUUAUUGUCUCAGGGAAUUUAUGUAUGAUUGUCCGAAAUGAAAACAAUUGGGGAACCCGAAUACAUGCCUUAUGCACCACUUAAGAUUAAGGCACUCGCUCGGUCGCCCACAGGCGAGCUUGUCAUUAGUAUAAUUCAGUUCGCUUCUAAUAUUUUGAGAUAACUGCGGUUAUCCCUUGUUGUAAUGAGAAAAUACAAUUACAUUGCCAACCAUAAGGACCUAUGGUAUAAAUGCAAAACAAUAGUCAAUGGCCUGUCCUGACGUUUCAACCCUAGCAGAGUCUUUCUCAAAGACUAACAAUAAUGUGUAAUAAUGUGUUCAGUAUUCUGAGUAGCAUCUUGAACCGAGACAAGUUCACUACAUGAAACUAUUGGUCCUGGUUUGGUUACAUACAUACUGCAUACUCUCCAAUUCACUCAUCAUUGUGCACAGAACGUAUGCAGGAAACAUUCACAUUUCCUUCUCUAGCAUCACUGUUGGUUUGGGUUUAAUAGAAUUCUUGCAUUCAGCUCAGCUCCUCUGAAUUUGGAAAACAGCGGGAGAAGUUUCAGAUCAGGAAUGUCACCUCCCGUUCCUUGGGUCUCAUCACAUCAGUUUCUUUAUCCAAUGACAACAAAAAGAGACUCAAAUAUGGACGUUAAAGUUCGCAAGUUUGUCAACCACAACUGUGAGCAAUUUCUCUUCGUUUUUCGGCUGUGGUUUUUUCGAGGGUGACACUACCCUAGAUCAUAGUAGGGUGCUUUCUGUCAUUGAGGAAGUCGUACAAUGAACAUGCACGAACCCCUGAGGUAAUUUGUGGAGAUGAUCACGGGAUGCCCCUUCUGGGGCCAGACAAACAAAUGCUUGAAUCUUUCACGUUUUUCUACUGUUAUUCCUGCUAUUUAAGUCAUACAGAAGUAGAAGAAAAAACAUUGCCGACUGUUUAUUUUUACCACAAAUUAAUGGUUGCUUUUACAUUUCUGGUUUUCAAUCAUCCGUUUAAACAAGCAUGAAACCAUCCUCUGAAGAUUUUGCAAUCUUGAUUUGAAAAGAUUGUAACGUGUGAUCUUUGCUCCUAACCUGCAAUAAGUGAGCAAAUGGGAAAAUACAUCCACUUAUGCAGUGUCAUGGAAAUUUAUGUUCAAUGAAACAUGAAAUCAAGUUAUGUUAAAGGUAGUGGACACUAUUGGUAAUUACUCAAAAUAAUUAUUAGCACAAAACGUUACUUGGUAAUGAGUAAUG